AUGAAGGUUUACCGAGAUUUGUACUCUAAUGAUGAGGUUUGCUCUGACGCAUACGAUCAUCUCGACCCAUUCGACAACCCAGAUCUAUCAUCUGUUGCUUUUGAAGUAAAGACUUCAAAGGUUGCAAAAGGUGAAGAAGACUAUGGAAUCGGAUACAAUGAUGAAGAGGGAGGAGAUCAAAUGAAUGUUGACCCCAACGUUGAAGUUGUAGUCGAUGUGGUUGAUAAAUUUGCACUUCAAUCACUUCCAUUGACCAAGAAGGACUACUCUUCUUACAUUAAGAAGUACAUUCAGAGAUUGGUUGCAACACUCCAAGAAAAGAACCCUGAGAGGGUAGAACCCUUUAAAACUUCAGUUUCUGAGUUUGUUAAACAUGUUCUCGCAAACUUUGACGAUUUUGAGUUUUACGUCGGAGAAUCUUUGGAUUACGAGGCUGGAUUAGUUUACGGCUAUUACAAGGGCGAAGAAGUCUCGCCAAGACUAGUUUUCCUCAAAGACGGACUUGUGGAAGAGCGUUAUUAA